GGGGGACUGUGCGGUAGACACGCAGCCUCCGCCCCGCCGUCGUCCAAGAGCGCGGGAAGAGAGACGCCGCCGUGAGGAGGAGAAGGAAGAGGCGGCGACGGCGGCGGAGGCGGCGCUGUCAUCUCCCCAUCUGUCCCUUUUUCCCGGCUGCUGGGAGGGGAGUGGAGGGAGGAGAGGCGGUUAAGCGGGAGAGAGAGAGGCAGGCGAGGCGAGGCGGCCUCAGGACGUGUCUGUCGGUAGCCUUUCUGGCUGCUCUGCUAUGGCUGCAGCAGUAACGGCGGCGGCGGCGGCGGCGGCCGGGAGAGGGGGAGCAGGUGGAGAGUUGAGAGACUGCAGUGAAGCUACCCUGGAGACAUGGCGGACCAAUGCCUCUGAAUAAGCAAAAAAAAAAAAAAAGGAAGGGAAAAAGGGGGGUUAAAAUAAACAAAUAAAUCCCCCUCUGCCUCCCUCUCCCUUCUCCUCCUCGGUCUCCAGGGCCAGUUAUGAUGCCGGGUUGAGGUAGCAAAACGAAGCCGAGGAGCCGAAGGACAAAUGGUGCAGCAGCCUCGGGGGGGCUUUGAAUUCCUCCUUUCCGCUCCUUCAUGGUGCGCCGCAUCCCCUCCCUUAGCCUUAAGCCGAUGUAGCUGGCUGCUUCUCAGGAGGAGCCUCCCGGGGAGAAUCGCCGGCUGCCCUGUGCCUCCUGCAUCUUUCCAUCCCUCCAUCUGUCCGCCCGCCCCUCCUCCUCCUCCUCCCUUUCCCCUUUCAUCUCACUCUCGCCAUCCAUCCUUCUCUUUGCCUCCCCCACCCUUCCAACCUCCAAGGCUAUGGCUGCGGAAGAGGUGUUGGAGACGGUGGAUCACUACAAGUCCGAGAUCGAGAGGCUGACCAAAGAGCUCACGGAAACAACCCAUGAGAAGAUCCAGGCUGCGGAAUAUGGGCUGGUGGUCUUGGAAGAAAAACUCACCCUCAAGCAGCAAUAUGAUGAGCUGGAAGCGGAAUAUGAUGUCCUUAAGCAGGAGCUCGAGCAGCUGAGAGAGGCAUUUGGACAGUCAUUCUCCGUACACCGCAAAGUAGCUGAAGAUGGUGAGACACGUGAGGAGACACUCCUCCAGGAGUCUGCAUCCAAGGAAGCCUAUUACCUAGGGAAGAUUUUGGAAAUGCAGAAUGAAUUGAAACAAAGUAGGGCUGUUGUUACCAACGUUCAGGCAGAGAAUGAACGACUGACGGCGAUUGUGCACGACUUAAAAGAGAGCAAUGAAAUGGCAGAGCUGCAGAGAAUUCGGAUGAAAGAUGAGAUAAGAGAAUACAAGUUCAGAGAGGCAAGACUCCUUCAGGACUAUACAGAACUUGAAGAAGAAAACAUUACAUUGCAAAAGUUGGUUUCCACACUGAAACAGAACCAGGUUGAAUAUGAAGGCCUGAAACACGAGAUAAAACGAUUUGAGGAAGAAACUGUAUUGCUUAAUAGCCAGCUAGAAGAUGCCAUCCGGUUAAAGGAGAUUGCGGAGCAUCAGCUAGAGGAAGCCCUGGAGACGUUAAAGAAUGAGAGAGAGCAAAAGAACAAUCUGAGGAAGGAACUCUCCCAGUAUAUCAAUCUAAAUGAUAGCAUGUAUAAUAACCAUAUUAAUAUCUCGGUAGAUGGAUUAAAGUUUGGAGAGGAUGGGAACGAACCUAAUAAUGAUGACAAAAUGAAUGGACACAUUCAUGGACCCCACAUGAAAAUGAAUGGUGACUUUCGGACUCCCACAGUUAGGAAAGCAGAAUCACUGCACCCAGUCUCAGAUCUCUUCAGUGAGCUCAACAUCUCUGAAAUGCAAAAACUGAAACAGCAGCUCAUGCAGGUGGAGCGCGAGAAAGCUAUUCUCCUGGCUAAUCUUCAGGAGUCACAGACCCAGCUGGAACACACAAAGGGGGCACUUACUGAGCAACAUGAACGGGUCCACAGGCUCACUGAGCACGUCAACGCUAUGAGGGGUUUACAAAGCAACAAAGAAUUGAAGGAGCUAGAUUUUGAGAAAGGCCGGGAUUCUGGGGAAGAAACCCAUGACUAUGAAGUGGACAUCAAUGGCUUGGAGAUUCUAGAGUGCAAAUACAAAGUAGCUGUCACGGAGGUGAUUGACCUCAAAGCUGAAAUAAAGGCCUUGAAGGAGAAAUACAAUAAAUGUGUUGAAAACUACACCGAAGAAAAGGCGAAGUAUGAGAGCAGGAUCCAGAUAUAUGAUGAGCAGGUGACAAACCUGGAAAAGUCAACUAAGGAUAGCCACGAGAAAAUGAUGCAGAUGGAAAAAGACUUGCAAAGAAUUACAGGUGUUGCAAAUGAGAACCACAAUACACUCAACACAGCCCAGGAUGAGCUGGUGACUUUCAGCGAGGAGCUGGCUCAGCUCUAUCACCAUGUGUGUUUGUGUAACAACGAAACUCCUAAUAGGGUUAUGCUAGAUUAUUACAGGCAAAGCAGAGUUACUAGAAGUGGGAGCCUCAAGGGACCUGAUGAUCCAAGGGGGCUUCUGUCCCCACGGCUGGCUAGGAGAGGGAUGGCAUCUCCAAUAGAAGUGAGGACACCGACUGAGCAGAUUUCAAGGGAGAGUGCAGAAGCCAACAAAGAGCAAAGUCCAACAAAGACACCCACAAUUUCUCCAGUCAUCACAGCCCCCCCUUCCUCCCCAGUUUCCGACACUAGUGACAUUCGCAAAGAACCGAUGAAUAUUUACAACCUGAAUGCCAUAAUAAGGGACCAAAUCAAGCACUUGCAGAAGGCUGUAGAUCGGUCGCUGCAGCUGUCCCGGCAGCGUGCAGCAGCCCGUGAACUAGUACCUAUGAUCGAUAAGGACAAGGAGGCCUUAAUGGAAGAAAUACUGAAAUUGAAGUCCCUGCUGAGUACGAAACGAGAGCAGAUAGCGACCCUAAGGGCUGUGUUGAAAGCCAACAAGCAGGUAAGCUGUCUUUCUCCUUUUCAGAGCAAUGAAAUGGCAGAGCUGCAGAGAAUUCGGAUGAAAGAUGAGAUAAGAGAAUACAAGUUCAGAGAGGCAAGACUCCUUCAGGACUAUACAGAACUUGAAGAAGAAAACAUUACAUUGCAAAAGUUGGUUUCCACACUGAAACAGAACCAGGUUGAAUAUGAAGGCCUGAAACACGAGAUAAAACGAUUUGAGGAAGAAACUGUAUUGCUUAAUAGCCAGCUAGAAGAUGCCAUCCGGUUAAAGGAGAUUGCGGAGCAUCAGCUAGAGGAAGCCCUGGAGACGUUAAAGAAUGAGAGAGAGCAAAAGAACAAUCUGAGGAAGGAACUCUCCCAGUAUAUCAAUCUAAAUGAUAGCAUGUAUAAUAACCAUAUUAAUAUCUCGGUAGAUGGAUUAAAGUUUGGAGAGGAUGGGAACGAACCUAAUAAUGAUGACAAAAUGAAUGGACACAUUCAUGGACCCCACAUGAAAAUGAAUGGUGACUUUCGGACUCCCACAGUUAGGAAAGCAGAAUCACUGCACCCAGUCUCAGAUCUCUUCAGUGAGCUCAACAUCUCUGAAAUGCAAAAACUGAAACAGCAGCUCAUGCAGGUGGAGCGCGAGAAAGCUAUUCUCCUGGCUAAUCUUCAGGAGUCACAGACCCAGCUGGAACACACAAAGGGGGCACUUACUGAGCAACAUGAACGGGUCCACAGGCUCACUGAGCACGUCAACGCUAUGAGGGGUUUACAAAGCAACAAAGAAUUGAAGGAGCUAGAUUUUGAGAAAGGCCGGGAUUCUGGGGAAGAAACCCAUGACUAUGAAGUGGACAUCAAUGGCUUGGAGAUUCUAGAGUGCAAAUACAAAGUAGCUGUCACGGAGGUGAUUGACCUCAAAGCUGAAAUAAAGGCCUUGAAGGAGAAAUACAAUAAAUGUGUUGAAAACUACACCGAAGAAAAGGCGAAGUAUGAGAGCAGGAUCCAGAUAUAUGAUGAGCAGGUGACAAACCUGGAAAAGUCAACUAAGGAUAGCCACGAGAAAAUGAUGCAGAUGGAAAAAGACUUGCAAAGAAUUACAGGUGUUGCAAAUGAGAACCACAAUACACUCAACACAGCCCAGGAUGAGCUGGUGACUUUCAGCGAGGAGCUGGCUCAGCUCUAUCACCAUGUGUGUUUGUGUAACAACGAAACUCCUAAUAGGGUUAUGCUAGAUUAUUACAGGCAAAGCAGAGUUACUAGAAGUGGGAGCCUCAAGGGACCUGAUGAUCCAAGGGGGCUUCUGUCCCCACGGCUGGCUAGGAGAGGGAUGGCAUCUCCAAUAGAAGUGAGGACACCGACUGAGCAGAUUUCAAGGGAGAGUGCAGAAGCCAACAAAGAGCAAAGUCCAACAAAGACACCCACAAUUUCUCCAGUCAUCACAGCCCCCCCUUCCUCCCCAGUUUCCGACACUAGUGACAUUCGCAAAGAACCGAUGAAUAUUUACAACCUGAAUGCCAUAAUAAGGGACCAAAUCAAGCACUUGCAGAAGGCUGUAGAUCGGUCGCUGCAGCUGUCCCGGCAGCGUGCAGCAGCCCGUGAACUAGUACCUAUGAUCGAUAAGGACAAGGAGGCCUUAAUGGAAGAAAUACUGAAAUUGAAGUCCCUGCUGAGUACGAAACGAGAGCAGAUAGCGACCCUAAGGGCUGUGUUGAAAGCCAACAAGCAGACAGCUGAAGUGGCCCUGGCUAAUCUGAAGAAUAAGUAUGAGAAUGAGAAGGCCAUGGUGACAGAAACCAUGACUAAACUACGUAAUGAGUUAAAGGCUUUGAAAGAAGAUGCAGCAACCUUCUCAUCCUUGAGAGCCAUGUUCGCAACCAGGUGUGAUGAAUACGUAACACAGUUGGAUGAGAUGCAGAGGCAAUUGGCAGCUGCAGAGGAUGAGAAGAAGACCUUAAACUCUUUGCUGCGGAUGGCUAUCCAGCAAAAGCUCGCCCUCACCCAGCGUCUGGAAGACUUAGAGUUUGAUCAUGAGCAGUCCCGGCGGAGCAAAGGCAAACUUGGAAAGAGCAAGAUCGGCAGCCCUAAAGUAAGUGAGGAGGCAUCAGCCACCGUGCCAACCAUAGACACUUUCCUCCUGCAUAGUCAGGGCCCACAGCAACCAAACAUACUGGUCAGCAGUGGCACUCAGAGGAAAAGACUAUUCUCACCUUCCCCUUGUGAUCAGAGCCAUCCCAGGACUUCAGGGACCCACCUACUGCCUUUAUUAAGAACCCCCCCUGAUCACACCUCCACAGAAUCAUUUCUUCUGAGGGGCCCCCCUUCCAUGGCCUCCAUGAAUGAAUUCUUCUAUGGGCACCGUCUCAGCAAGGAAAAAAGGUUAACCGUGGCCAUCCCAGUUCUGGCACCAGUGGAACGUUGCAAAAGGCAGGACAUCCCUCAUGAGGAGCACUUGAGAGGAAUUUUCAUGGAUUUUGCAUCUAGGCCCAGUACAUGUUACCAAAUACAAGAUUGUCAGCAGCCUGCUGCCUCCAUACCGCCACACGGCUCACAACUAGCCAGGAGGCAAGACUGCCAGACUGUCAGUCCUGAUGUAGCUCUUCCAGAAGAACAGCCACAUUCCAGCUCUCAGUGUGCUCCCAUCAGCUGUCUACCUAAGCCUCCUCCUUAAGCCUAAUCUUCAUAUGCAACCUAAGAGUCGGGGGGCGGGGAAGCCCCCACAAAGAAACUGAGUCGGGGUUCUCACAGCAAAGGUACAGUUUGCGCCGAAGGAACCAUUAGGCAUUGCUGCCUUUUUGCUGCAUUGAUGAGUCCGGACACAUAUCUAUGGUCUUAAAUCAACUGAGGAUGUAUGGAAGAGCACAAAGUACAGUGCCCGAACUGUUCAAGAAGAUCAUUUAAGGUUCCUCUGGUUACAUCCAGAUAAUCACGGCUACAGUUUGGAUGUCAAAAUACGUUUGUCCCAGCCAUUUGGCUUGUACUGCUAAUAUGCUGGGAAGUUAAAACUACUGAAACAAAACAAAGAAAAUGUGUUACAAAACCUGAUUUUGACAGUUGAGCCACAGCCACAACUCUAGUUUUUCUUUAUGUGGAUUAAAGGGUGUUCAAUAUCUUUGUUUUCAUUUUAUCAUAUUUGCACCAUGAGUUUAUUAGAAAUACAGUCCAUGCCGUGUGAAUGUUUUUCUUCUGGGUUGUUUUUGGUUUUUUUAAGUGACGCAGAAAUAGUUUACCUAGGGAAUGAUUCCCCCGUUAGGGUUUUUGUUUUGUAACUGAGGAUUAUUCACUUGGCCAAAGUGUGUGGCCUGGUGUUCUCUUUUUCUUAAUUGCACAAAAAAUGUUGAAAGUGUGUUGAACUGGAAUGUGAACUUUGGGGGCAUUGCAGAAAAAGCUGGAUGUGCCUAAAUCCCGUUGAAAUAAAUAGGCACACGGUGAAGCACUUGAAACCCACCAACAUCAACAGAAUUCAGGCAUGUCUAACUUUUCCUGCAUUGUGCCCAUUGACUUGUACUUUUCUGCUGCACUGGUAUUGUUUACGCACUUAUUUUAUAACUAAUAUGAUAUUAGCUGCUGGUUGUUGUUUUAAUACUUCACUAGGAUCUGAUUAAGCCGAAAAUGGGUUUUAGUGAACAGUGCAUUUAAUAAUUGUUUCCCUGUGGUUAACUUUUGUGUUUUGGGGAGGUGCUUGUUUUUGUUUUAGGGACUUCCCUCCCUCCUUUUUUGCAUUUCAGAUAAGCUGAUGACUUGGUGCUGCUCAUUUUUCUGUUUGGUAUCUGGACAAAAAAAAACAACAGGAAAUGAACUUGAAGUAAACAUGCUGUGUUAUAUUAUAACUGUAAUGUUCAGGAUGUUCUUCACUUGCUGCUCCCAAGUUCAGUGUUUAACUAGGUUAAAGCCUUCCCUUGGCAAAAGAAAGUCAAGGAAAAAAGAAGAGGUAACUAAAUGUAACAAAAAAUAGUACAUUUCCAGCUGCACUGGGUGGUGAAUUCAGCUGUGCAGGUGGGAUUGAUGUCUUGGACUGAAGAUAAUUGUUUUAAAUUAUUGCUCUAGUGCAUUUUUUUUCCUUGCCAAAACCCCCAGCUACUAUAAAGAUCUAUCUCAUGUCAGUUUGAUGACAAAUACUCAGGUGACACACAGGAAGCAGAUUCUGUUCCUGCACUGCACAGCGUUCCCACUCUUAAGAAUCUCUCCUUCAACAAAUGUUUUGAGGAGCAGUGAGUAUAGAAGAAAACCAAGAAUAUUCAGAUUUAUUUUGCACAUUGCCUGGGAGCGAGUCAGACUGCUGACUAGGCUUAGAGACAUCACUUUUAUCCGUCUGUUGCAUUCCCCAGAUACAAUUCUACCCAUCUGUGCUAAUUAGCAGAAUUCUUGCUCUCAAACAGGUAGCCUUAAUACAUUUGAAAUAAGGCCUGGGCAGAUUCACGUCUCUUUGUCUUUCCUACUUGUGCAGUGUUCAUAUGAUCCACAAGGCAGAAAUGUGAAGAUGUCCUGAACCAUGCAGCAGCCUUGACAUAAAUCAAAGGCAGCUGGGAUAAUUUGGCCUAGGCCAUCUGAAUUUGAGAGAAAGAAAAUGAUACAUUCAUUACCAAAAAGAAAAAUAAAGGGAGGACUUUAAGCCAAGGAUAGUCUAGAUGGCCAAUCAUUGUGCCUAACAAUCAUUACAAAACCAGUAACCAAGGUGCUAAAAAACAGGAAUAGUCCUAAACAGCAAUUCCUGUAAUAGAAUCACAACAGAACAGCUGAGCUUUUGUAAUGGAUUAGAAAUUCAGAGUCAGAGGUAAAAAGUAAUUUAGCAGUGGAAUCUACAAGCCACUUGAAAGCAACAUAUUUUGAUCCUUAAGGGCAAAUAUGUGGUACUGUGGGGACUUAAUUAAACAGCAAUGCAUUGGCUUUAAAUGGCUUGUGACUGAUAGUCAAACUUGUAUGUAAGUCUGCUGUUAGAAACCUAACAGUGCUUUGUACUCAUUUAUCCUUUUUGUUUCCAUGUUCCUUAUCUUGUGAUAUGUUUAACAUUUUAAUGCUGUAUCUUAUCCUCAUAUUCUUAUGUAACAAGUGAAUGUCUUCAAUUCUUUCAUGUAAACAGCAUCUAGGGCUGCCACCUCUAGCUUUAGAUGGGGUUCUUUCAUCAAAUAAAAUUUAAAAACCUAAUAAGUGGGGUGAAGGGAAACAAGGAGCCUUGUGACAACUUAAGAGACCCAACACAUUUAUUUCGGUGAAAGCUUACACCAAAUGUUGCACCACAAUGAACGUGCUUGCCUUUAAGGUUCUAUGCGACUUUCUGUUGUUUUGCUGCAACAUGCACUUAACACAGCUAACCUUCUUAAAGCUAUUGCACAGGGGUUUGUGAUUAAACUAAGUACCUACUAGUCUACUGACACGGGAAUCCCGUUGAGGGGUAGAGGUGGCAACCUUGUUGGCAUAAUGUUGGCAAACACUGAAAUGAGCCCUUACGUGGAGUUUGUUUUGUUUUUCAAUUGGGUAUGAUCUACUCUAAAUUAUGCAUGAUGAUUUCAGACAGAAAGAGAGAGCUAAGCACAUGCUUAAAUCUCAUUCACUGAAAUCGAUAUGCCUUAAAAAUGCUUAAAAUUGGUUGGAACAUGCUCUUUAUAUCUAAUUGAUUUUAUUAAGGAUAUGUUUCAGCUAGGCCAAUGUACCCCUCAGAAUACUGGGUCUUGUUCAGAUAUGAAAACAUGAGCGUUGCUGCUUAAGCAGCACUACUGCAACUGCCUCUUAUUCUUACCAAAUAUCUUUUAGAACUACGAAGAUAUUAUUAUUAUUAAAAUUAUUCCAAUGAAGUACAUUAAUGGCUGCAAUCCUAUGCAUACUUACCAGGAAAUAAAACCUACUGAACAAAGUGAGACUUGAAAGUAAAAAAUGCAUAGGAUUGCACUGUUAAGCUUCUGCCCUAAGCACAUUUGCUCUGACCUAAGUUCCACUGAACUCCAGGGAACAUACUUCCAAGUAAUUGUGUUGAGAAUUUCAGUUUUUCUUUCUAAUAUAUAUUGCAGUUGGGGGUAGGGAGGUUAUUCUUUUGAAAUGUUUAUUUCCAGAGCAUUCAAAGUACUGAAAAUUAUAAUUUUGGGUCGCAUCGAAAGAAUAAAAAAUUGAAUGCAAACAUAAUAGAGCUCCAAUGCAGAGAUGGUCAUGAGUACCCCGCAAAGCGAUGAAGUUACACGUUCCUAUCUAUAUCAGAAGAUGAGAAUGCACUUGUUCACCCACACUGUGCAGAUGCAAAUGAGAGGUGGGGGAUUUGCUAUGGAUUUGCACCCACCUCCAUACAUGUACCCUGUUUUAUCUGGACAUGAAAAUAUCCAGUGCUGACCUUCAUUCAUGGAAGGCAAAUAUAUAGACCUGCACUUUCUUCCCUGUGUGCUGUGCAGGUUAGUAUGCACCACACGUUUCUGGAUGUAGGAAGGCUGCUGCAUUAUGCCUGCAGUAAUGGCUGGGUCAUAAUUAUGUCAAGAUUAAUUACUAGAAACUCAAGGUCUGAGUGCAAAAAUGGUAGAAUACCUACCAAUAGUUCUCAGAAGGCCCCCUCAAAGCUAUAUAUAACCCAAAGGGUAUGGUUUAGUCCCGAGAACCUACAAGUCUACGAGUGGAGUGGUUUCAAAACAAGUCAACACUUUGCUAACAAAACUUGCUUACCUGGAUAUUACUGGUAUUAGUAACAUUGGACCUUAAACUUAACUAUGGCAGAGGAGUGGGACAAAAAAUAACUAUUGAGUAAUCCUGUACUACUGAAGCCAGAAAGGGUUCAACCUGAUAUCUAAUUCAAUGAGAUUACAAAUGAUCCCUUUCUUGGUUGAUUCUUUUCAUCUGGUGACUGUUUGACUUUAAAUUAUGUUAUUUCCUUUGUUUAUAAAGGUGUCCUUUAUUUCAAAAUUCCAGGUACUGAGGUACAUUAGAAUCCAGGUACAUUAGAAGCACAGCCAUUUCCUUAUUUAUUUCUUGCUUUAAAAAUAGCCUUUUUUCUUCCUUCAAGGUUUCUUUCAGUUGUUCAUUUCUAUACCUAAAAGGGACAUAUAGUAAUCAGAGUUUUUAUUCCAUAUAUUUAAUUUUUUUGGUUCAUAUUCUGCAUAAAAGAAAAAAAAAGAAAAGCAAUUAAUUGCAUUCAGCCUUAAGGCAGAAAUGCAUCUAAAUAUGCAAUAUAUUUAAAAGCUUGCAUGAUGUGAUUUCAUGUACCCUUUCCCAUAACCCUGAUAAUGAAGCUGAAUAAUUCUUAUUUCAUGAGAUAGUCUUUCCCGCUUACUGCAUAUUGGAAAUGCACGUCCAAUAUAACUUUCAUCAAGAGACGCACGGCUUAAAUCCUCAUUGCAUUUUAAUCUCUCUCCCGCAGAGCUCUUGAUAAUCCCCUCUAUUAAAUCUGAAGGUAACAAAGUGAUAAAUUGACAAGACACAAAGGAAAAAAUAUGUUGCUGCGAGUGGAGAUAAUUUGCUGUCAGACUCUGGAGGGAUGGGGGCCUUGUGUUUCAAUUAGUGUCUUGAUAUGAAGGUACAUGUGCUGCUCAUUAUUAUUAUGCACUGAUUGUUUUGAUUUUUUGCAGCAUAAACAGAUUUUGUUUUUAUUGCAACUUUGACUUUAUUAUUAUAUCUGUUUUGGAGAUUUGUCAGAAGUGUUUGGUACAAAUGUUAGGUGAACAAUCUUGCUAACCAGCUCUGGAGGGUGGGGGGUGGGGAGAGAAAGAAGAGUAAUCUAGCUUUGAAAACUUAUUUCUUCAGGGGUAUGGCUUUGUGCACCAUAUCUUUGAAUAGACCUAAGUACACCUCACUAGUUAUAGACCUAGUGCUUCAAACCCUGUGGUUUGACUGUUAAAGGGUUGAUUAAAUCAAUCCUUUAUAAGUAAAGAGAGAGAGAGAACCUUAAAAUCCUGAUGUUUUGUGAUUUUGUAAUCUAUGAAUGUUCCCCUUUGCAUGAAUAUCCUUAUCUAAUUAACUACACGAAAGGACAUACUGUGUUAUACUGUAUUCCAAAUGGUUUUAAAUAAUGGUGCAGUUUGCAUUAAAAUACAAUUUGUAUACUGCUGUAAAAGUCGGCUGUUCCUAAACUAAAUUGAAAUUCUGUUGUAAAGCCUUUUUGAGGUUGAAUGGAGUAUUUCUAGAUGGUGGAGGAUACAGAUAGAUGUGCUAAUUGACUUAAAGGUUGAAUGUCAGAAACUUUUAUUGUGUUGCAAUUCUGAUUUUAAGACAAGAAUAUUGACCAAUUCUGGAUUCCAAAACAACUCGUUUUGAAGGCUUUGAAUUAUUGCCAUGUCAAACUCUCUCCCAUCCCAGUCUUGAAACUGUAGACAAUCCUAGAAACAUUGCUUCGUGAGGGAAUCAUGUGCUUGUACAUGUGUGGUAUUAUCAUGCGGGUUGAAUGGUUGGGAAAAUAAGACGCUCCAGAACUGAAGAAACUAAAUUAGAAGCUAAUAUACUGAUUCUUAUAUCAUUAUGUUCCAAUUAAAAUUAUGGUGUAAUGCAUAACUAUCCCAGUAAAUAAACUGGCCAUUUUUUGUUCCUUGAA